AUGAAGUUGCAAAUCACAGCAGCAGCAGCAUUGCUAUUGCUGUCCGUUUCCAUUGGUGACGCUGAGGUUUUUGAUGUCAUGAAAUACGGGGCAAAGGCCGACGGUGCUACCUGCAUUAGCCAAGCUUUGAUGAGUGCGUGGAAGGAGGCUUGUGCAUCGACAACACCUAGCAAAAUACUGAUUCCACGCGGGACGUAUGCCCUCGGAGCCAUCACAUUUCAGGGCCCUUGCAAAGCCCCCUUGGAGUUUCAGCUCCAAGGCACGGUGAAGGCUCCGGCAGAGUCCGCCCAAUUUAAGGAAGAGAGUUGGGUCACCUUUCAAUACCUUGACCAUUUAACCUUGUCGGGUGGUGGAGUCUUCGAUGGCCAGGGGAAGAUUGCGUGGAGCCAGAACGACUGCCAUAAGAACAAGAACUGCAGGAAGAUUAUCAACUUGAGGUUCAACUUUGUCACCAACGCGCUAGUCCAAGACAUCACCACUCUUGACAGUAAGAACUUCCACGUGAAUGUACUGGGUUGCAAGAACUUCACCUUCAAUCGCUUCACAGUAACUGCACCGGGCAAUAGCCCCAACACUGAUGGGAUCCACAUAGCCAAAGUCGACGGGAUCAACAUCACUGACUCAAGCAUUGGGACCGGGGAUGACUGCAUCUCCAUUGGGGAUGGGAGCAAAAAUAUCCGAGUGACCCGGGUGAACUGCGGACCAGGGCACGGCAUCAGCGUCGGGAGCCUAGGCAGGAACAAGGGCGAGGAGUCUGUGCAGGGUCUCUGGGUCAAGAACUGCACCCUCACUGACACGCAGAAUGGCGUCAGGAUUAAGACCUGGCCGGCAUCCUUCCCUGGAUCAGUUUCUGACAUGCACUUCGAGGAUAUCAAAAUGGUCAAUGUCGGGAACCCUAUCCUCAUCGACCAGUUGUACUGUCCCUGGAACCAGUGCAAGGCCGAUAUCCCGUCUUUGGUGAAGAUCAGAAACGUGACCUUCAAGAAUAUCCACGGGACCUCGUCCACAGCAGUGGCAGUGAAGCUCACGUGCAGCAGCAAGGUGCCGUGUGAGAAUGUGGUGGUUGGCAACGUCAGGCUCACCUACACUGGCCCUGAGGCCCCGGCAGCCACCUCCCAAUGUUCAAAUGUUGCCCCCUCCUUUUUGGGCACGCAGACUCCCUCCGUUUGUGCCAAAGCUGCCUGA